AUGCUCGCAACAUCCGUCAGCAGGGCGGUCGUCCGUCGCGUUGCUGGUGCCGCCGUCGGAGCCCCGACCGCCAGCCUCGCGCGCAGCCUUGCCGGUCUGAGCAUCUCGUCAUCUUCACCGGCAGUUACUGCCCCUCGUCCCGCCACCGUCCGCGCCUUUGCCACGUCGCCAUAUGCUGCUCUUCCCGAGGGCAAAGAGAAGAAGACGAAGAAGAAGGCUGCUGCUAAGAAGGCUGCGGCUAAGAAGCCCGCGGCUAAGAAGCCCGCGACUAAGAAGAAGGCUGUCGCCAAGAAGCCUGCGCAGAAGAAGAAGGCCGCCAAACCUCCCACGCCCGAGCAGCAGGAAAAGGCCGAGAUCAAGGAGCUCAAGCGGCGUGCCCUUCUAAAGCUGGCCCCCAAGACUGCGGCCGUGCGGCCGUGGAACAUAUUUGUGGCGGAGAAGAUGCCCGCCGAGAGGGCGCGUACGUCGACCAUGGGUGAUGCCAUUCGUGCCGUCAAGGCUGAGUUCGAUGGCUUGUCAUACUCAGAGAUGCAGCGCCUCGAAUCCCAAGCCGCAGCCAACAAGGAGGCCAACGAGGCAGCUUACAAGGCCUGGAUCGUCAGCCUUCCCGUCGACGUCGUCUACCUCGCCAACCGCGCCCGCCGCCGCCUCGCCCGCCUCGUCAAGGACAAGCGCUUUCCCAAGCUCGUCGACGACCGUCUGCCCCGUACCCCCCGCAACCCCUUCGUCCAGUACAUCCAGUCCGAGGCCACCUUCCCCGCCGGCCGCCCCGUCACCGACUCCUUCCGCGACGCCGCUACCGCCUGGAAGUCCUUGCCCGACUAUGAGAAGCGUCGCUUCGAGGACCAGUAUGCUGCCGACAAGAAUACUUACGACACCGAGAUGACGGCUAUACGGGCCCAGGCCAAUAAGAGGGUCAAAGCCGACAAGGCUGCUGACAAGGCCGUGGCCAAGAACCCCCCUCAACCCUUCUGA